CGCUCAUUUUGCGAAGAGCAAUUGGAGUAAUUAGUUCGCGAAUAGUAUCGACAUUCGAUACUACUGUAUCGAUAAUACUGUAUUCGAUAGAUCGCUAUAGUAUAGAGAGAGAGAGGAAGAGAGUAACGAAAAGAGAGAUAACGAAUGAGAGAAAGAGUACGCAAAGUAGAUAGCAUGCAGUGAUCCGGUGCAUUUAGUUAUCGCGUGAGUGUGUGUAGAGUUUUUCCGAUGAAUUAGAAUAAAUAUGCGCUGUCUAAUACGUCUGUGCGUCCUCGCGAUUUUGUUGUUGCAUAGUAUAGAGGCGAACAAUGACGAAGCACCGUUGACAAAACUCGGCGGGAAGACGGGGCCGACAUUAAGAUUCUUUUAUUGCUACUCAUGCGGUUACAGGAAAGUUUUUGAACAAUAUGUAAGCAUUCUUAAGCAAAAAUAUCCAGAGCUUCAGAUCGAAGGGGAGAAUUUCCAUCCGCCGGGCUAUAAUAUGUUAAUUGCAAGAAUACUGGGAACAUUGAAAAUACUGAUUAUCGUCCUAAUUGUAAGUGGGAUCGAUUUUGGUCGCGUUGCACCAUCUGUAUGGCAAUGGUGUAUAGAGAAUCGUUUUUACUCCUGUGUAUUGAUUUUCCUGAUCUGCAACGCUAUAGAGGGGCAGCUUAUCUCAUCAGGUGCAUUUGAAAUACAUUUUAAUGAUGUUCCUGUAUGGUCAAAGCUUGAAACUGGUAGGAUACCGCAACCGCCAGAGUUAUUUCAAAUAAUCGAUUUCCAUUUAGAAAUGCAGUUUACAGAACGGGACGUAGGCAAAAUUAAUUUUAAUAAGUAGAGCAUAAUUUCAUUACAUUCUUGGAAAUUAAUAUAUCCAGUCAUGUACCAUGCAACACAGCAAAGUUUGCUAAAGGUAAUGUGAUGAAAAUAUGUACAAUAUAUCUGUUAAGUAAGUAAAGAUCUUACCAUAAUCAUAGGAUGUAAUUCCAAUAAAAGACUACUAUAUAUGUAAAUGUAAUUGAAAUAAAACUGUUACCAGACUUUUA